AUGGCGCAUCGACAACAAUACGACAACUACGCGCAGCCGCAACAGCAACAGCAAUAUUACGACCAGGGGAGGCCACAGCAAAGGCAGCAGCAAGAAUACCAGAAUUACGACAAUCAACAUGACCAACAAUACUACGACUAUGAUUAUGGCUAUGACCAGGGCGGCAAUGAGCAAUGGAAUAACGGCCACUAUGAGCAGCAGGGGGGAUGGAGCAAUGCGCAGCAACAUGGUGGCUACCAAGACGUGAGCGGAUACUCGAGGUCGGCCCAGCCAGAGCAGGGCCGCAGACCGCCGCCGCAAGACCAGUACUAUCAGGAAGAGGCAUAUAACGAGCCCUACUACCAGCAGCCACCACCCGCGCAGAAUCAGGGACGGAGACCGCCGCCUCAGAACCAGCGUCCUCAGCAGCAAGCCUACAAUGAGCCUCCACGGCAGCGGCCACCACAGCAGCGACAGGAUCCGCGAAGCAGACCGACAGGUCGAGAAAAUGCACCGCCGCCCAACCCACAACAAGGACGAGGUGGGUCGAGGCCACCAGGCCUGGAUCGCUCCCUCUUCCAACCAACAUCACCCAAGAGUCUUGCUUAUGACAACCCCUUUCCGACCUUCCCGACGCAGAAGCCGCAGCAAGCGGGCUCAAAACCCCUCGACCAGAGCAUGGCACAGAUGAACAUAAAGGACAGCGGAGGGCAAGCAAAGCCCGCGGGCUCCUCAGGGCGAGGACAACCUAUGCCACAGCAGAACCGUGUGGCACCACAGCAGAGGUCGAUGCCCAAUCCUCGGCAGGACUCAGGGCAUUUCGAGGGCCAAGGUCAACGCAACGCCCCUAACCGGAUGCCGCCCGGACAGCGACCACCACCUAUGAACGUCGAUACCGGCAGAGGACAACAACCACAUCGCACAUCCGACCCUAUGUCGCCCUCAAGGCGAGCUUUCGGCCCAAACACACAGCGAUCUGCGACGAUGCCUCAUACGCUAUCACAUGGGAAUCAAGGGACCGGGUAUGAUGGUCAGCAAGAGUUCGCUGAGCCCGGUGCUGUGCCCGGUUACUAUGGUCCUGCAUCACCAAAUCCCAUACCUCCCAGGCCUUCGACUGCGGGUGGGGUGAAACAGAAUGGACCACCAAUGCAGCAUGGACAGAGACCUCCUAUGCCCCAGGUGCCACAGCAGCAGCCGCCACCGCAACACCAGCAUCAAGCCCAGAACCAACAACAACGGGCUCAGGGCGAAGAACAUGGGCUGGACAACUUCUACGACGACUAUUAUGGACAAGAAGACUCUGCAAUAGAUAUGCCCAACUUCGACGCCAUCCCGGAGACCAACAACAAGCACCGGAGAGGCGAUUCAAUUGACAAUCACUUGUCUCCGUCCCACGAUAUCAGUGCCUACGCUCCACCAGCUGCUCCCAUGAAUGCAGGGCAUAACAACCCUCAGGGGCAGAUGCAGCGAAGUCGAUCACAGCCUGGUCUUGACAGACAGUACGCGAAUGGUGUACAUGAAAUGGCCGCAGAUGUUCCCCCAAUGCCGGGUGUACCAAGGGCGAACACCGGCUUCGGAGGUUCCAACGGUUUGCCCAACGGCGUUCGAGGACGGCAGCCGCCUCAGAGGGGAAUUGCACCUGGUGGCAUGCAGAGUGGACCACCUAACCAAGGUCCAAUGCAUGGACAACCGGGCAAUAUGGACCCUAGAUAUGGGCGUCCUCCACCUGGGCCUCAGAGAGUCUACUCAGAUGACACUACCUACUCGGAACCACCUCCGAACACAAUGAGGAACUUCGCAUCGCCUGCACCUGGGAACCCCAUCCAACGACCAGGAACAGCUGCACCUGCACCAGGACGCAAUCCGAGCGACCCACUUGGGAGAAGACCCGGCACUACUCAACCGCCAUCGAACCCGGACGCAUUACCAGCGCAUCCGAUGCCUGUACGACAAGGCCUCGUACAACAACAGCAGCAGGCGCCACAGCCCCAGGCGCCUCAAAACGCAAGGCCACCGCCCGUCAGACAGUACAACAGUGAGCCUGGGCGUACCAGCUAUGAAAGCCAACCGUCCACACAACGUCACAGCGGACAAGGCUUAGUGCCACACCCGGUGACUUACGAUGAGCUGAACAGGCUGCGCAACACAUUCAAGCAAAACCCAGCCGAUGUUGUUACGGGUCUGAAACUAUCUAAGAAACUUGUAGAGGCGUCGAGUGUACUCGCUGAUGAAGGAGGCACAGCCGACUCUAGGACGAAGAACAAGAACCGAGAGAAGUUCAUCCUCGAAGCCCACAAGAUCAUCAAGAAGCUGGUCAGCAAUGGCUCCCCAGAUGCGAUGUUCUAUCUUGCCGAUUGCUAUGGCCAAGGGUUGCUUGGCUUGCAAGUAGACACCAAGGAGGCAUUCACGCUCUACCAAUCAGCAGCAAAAGGAGGUCAUGCCGCAAGUGCAUACCGUACAGCUGUUUGCUGUGAGAUGGGUCAUGAAGAAGGCGGUGGUACCAAGAAAGAUCCCCUCAAAGCUGUACAAUGGUAUCGGCGGGCCGCCGCAUUGGGAGACACACCUGCGAUGUACAAGAUGGGUAUGAUUCUUCUCAAAGGACUUCUAGGCCAGCAGAAGAACUUUGGCGAAGCCAUCAACAUGCUCAAGCGAGCCGCCGAUCGAGCCGAUCGAGACAAUCCUCACGCACUCCACGAAUUGGCGCUCAUCUACGAAGCGCAAACCGGCAACGAACGCGUCAUACGCGAUGAAGCAUACGCACUACAGCUCUUCCACCAAGCAGCUGAUCUCGGCUAUAAGUUCUCUCAAUUCCGUCUCGGACAAGCUUACGAAUACGGACUCCUUGGCUGCCCUAUUGACGCGCGCACAAGUAUUGCUUGGUACACCAAAGCCGCUGCCCAGGAAGAACACCAGAGUGAACUCGCACUUUCGGGCUGGUACCUUACAGGUACAUCUGGCAUCCUCGAACAAAGCGAUACCGAGGCCUAUCUCUGGGCACGGAAAGCAGCAUGUGCAGAGCCGCCACUGCCAAAGGCGCUAUUCGCCAUGGGCUACUUCACCGAAGUGGGUAUAGGUUGCCCACGGAGUCUGGACGAGGCGAAACGGUGGUAUGGACGGGCUGCAGCAUACAAAUUCCCCAAAGCCCAAGAGCGUCUUGAAGAGCUUAAGCGUGGUGGAAGUAAAGUUCAGAUGAAGCGUGAACGUCUUAGUCGGACGAACCAGAAGCAACAAGAGGAGAACUGCACUGUUAUGUAG